AUGGACGAAUAUCGAGCUUCCUUUAACUUGGAACGAGAACGGACCCUCAGACACCUCAGGAAACUCAAAGCAGAGAAGAGGCUCGGCGAGUUGGAAGUCGAAUAUGUCGUUAAGCUGUGGCCGUCGGUUGAUAUGAUGCGGACGGACGGCUGGAGCGACGACAAGGUCGAAUUGGCCUUAGACAGAUACUAUAUUGGUGCCCAGUAUUACCUUACGCCCAACAAUAUCGCACCCCCCAGGAUGAUUGAGCAGUAUGGUGCCGACUGGGGACUGAAUGCCCGAGGUAUUUACUACCGCCAUUAUUAUUCUCCGGGGUGGGUUACUUCCGAUCAUGAUCUCUGGCUACCGUCACUUGAUGGCAUCGAUUGGAAUCAUUUUAGUGAGUCCAGUCGCCGCUCGAGAGCAGAAACUUUCCUCAGGCAUGUUCUCAACAAUGAACGAUGGAAGAAGAGCGAAUAUGCAUGGGAAGCCGACGCCUGGACAGAUGUUUUCGGUCAGAUGAAGAAUGACCCAGUGCUGGCCGUAGAUAAGCACGAAUACAACACCGUUAAGUUGAAGAGAGAUCCGGUGUCCUGUUUAUUAGUGGGUGAGCCCAAGUUCAUCAAGAGAAUUCCUGAUGCAACUUUCGGACUUGCAACCUUCAAACCGAGAGACUACCAGAAUAUCUUAGCAGAAUGGGAUUUGGACCAUGACCGCCUUGAAGCACUCCUGCUUCAUCGACAUUGUGGCCUUAUUUCUGAUCCACGCUGGGGCUACGCAGACCUUGUAUUUCCAUUCGCAGUCUAUGAGGCUAAGGGAUGGGGAGGGGAUGCUCGCGAAGCGCGUCGGCAGGGAUGUUCAGCAGGAGCUGUAUAUCUCGAUAUGCUGGAUAGCCUUGCGCGGCAGCCAGGAAAGGUUGGACAAAAGAACAGAGUAUAUCAAUCGGCAAAGAGUCGCAGCAAAAAUCAAGUCUUCGUCUUUACCUCAUUUGGUGCUCACUGGCAUGUCCUGGUUGGCUACAAACGACCGCGGCAUGAAACGGAGUAUGCCGGGCAUGAAGGAUUCAGUGAGUCUGUUUAUAUUUUCCAGAGAAUCUGGAGCGGUCGUGUUGUGAGUGCACGGAAAGCCUGGGAACUCCUGUCGCUAGUUGACCAGAUACACCUUUGGGGAGCAACCGAUUUUCGAAAUUCCAUUAUCCAAUAUCUGAAACAAUGGCAUGAAUUCGGCAGGAGAUGUUGGGCCAAUGAUGUUGAUUUCUUGUUCUCAGAGCUCAAAACAGACAGAGUCACGCAAGAUGGGAAAGGGUAUUGUUGCAUACCCGCGGCUUCCCUACAACUUCCAGACUGGGCCAACCGGCUCUCGGAGGAAAUUUGUGGCAAAUUGCUGGAAAGAGUGGGGUUCCACUUCCGCGAAGCCUACCAAAGAGAUCUUUCGGCUUUGAGUGAUCAAUGGCCCGGGGCGUUUAGAUGCGUACGUGGAGACUGUGGUCCACUGGGCACUCCAGGAUAUCCUAUCCUGUGCGAGGAAGAGAUGGUAGCGCACUAUCGCCUGAUCCACGGGACAGACGAUGAAUCGAUAGCAGACCUCGUGCGCGUUUGCGGCGAAGCAAAAGUGUUUGACAACGAUAACAAUCCGCUGCAGGUAAGAAAGAGAAAGAGAUCAGAGAGCGGAGAACCAGAACCACGCACGAAACAGUUGUGA